CUACGCUUCAGUCGGCUUCGUUCACCGUCUCGAUGCGGUUUGUUUUGUCUGAUUGGAUUAAUCGGUGCAACGGUAUCUCAUUAAAGUGGAUAAUAUACAUACAUAUAUAGAAAACAAAAACAAAUGCCAAUUAGAUUUUGACCAAGUUUUACCAACACCCAAGACAGUUGCCACGAAAUAUCAAAUAUUUUAACUUAGUGCGUGUGGUAAGAUGGCAUAUUGUAGUGAAAAAGUUGGGCAAUAAGUAGAAUUGUGUAAUUUUGGAAACGUCUGGCGGCAGACUGCAAUUCAUAACGCAGAAGUGUGAGAGUAAGCGAAGUUGUGGAGUAAGCGCGGAUGACGAGUGGGGUAACAUUGCCCAACACAAGAUCCAUUUUCAUAUAUAGGAACUAUACCACAAGCUGCACGCAGCUUCCAGGCGUGCUACCAUCACAAGCAAACCGAAACUAAAGUGUGACCGAAAAGUGCUCCAAGCAAUAAAAUCCAUAACGACAUACACAAUUACUGCGUGCUUGCGUUCUUGGUCAAUGCUGUGACCGUUGUUCCUAUUGUGCACGAUCCCCACAUCCCGUGCAGUGUGCAGUCUAAUCGCUCUGCAAACAUACCAUCCCACCAAGAGCGCAACUACCGCUGCCUUCACCUAACACCAAUAACAAAAACAAUACCUACCAUACACUCAAUCGCCACCCACACACAUUAACGCCCAGAUCAGAUAUUCGUUGAAUUUGUUGUUGUGGUAUCGUAAAAUUAGUCGUUAUUCCGCCUUUGUCAUCGUAUUCGUUGUUGUCUUUUUAGCGCCGUCACUAUCGCUGUCGUUUCCGAACUUGACUAAGUUGUUGUUAGUAUUCGAUUAAUUUUCGGCAGUUUUUUAUGCCAGCUUUCGCAGCUACUGCCGGCGUUGACAGAGGCAGAGUUUUUUGUUUUUUUUUGCCUUAUUUGACACUACGGCCAGCUACGGCUUUAAAACCAAAAAUAAAACAAAUGAAUUGAAGCAAAGCAAUAAAAGUCAGUCAGUGAAAAAAGUGAUUACGCAUAUGUAUGUAUAGAGUCCGUGUAUGAUAAAAGAAGUCGAAAAUAAAUAUUACCGAUAGUUCGGAAAACCAUGAGUGAAAUAUCCAUUGUAUAUUUAGUGAAUAAUGGAAAAAAGCAACUCGGCUGCACUUUGAGUCACUUGUGUCUUUUAUAGCCUCGCCUCCCGCGUACACUUCUAUGAUUGCUCACCUUAACAGCUGCACAAUCGACGAGCAAAAAAACAAAAACAAUCACCUCCAGCAGACACAACACGGCAAGCUGUCGUACACCAGCGAUAACAAUUAAUUGAUUAAAAAUAUAGUGUUUGUACUUUGUAGCGUGGGCAUAGGAAGGCACGUUCGCAACAAUUAUACAUGCCAGGUACAUAUGCAAUGGUUAAAGCCGCCACACCGUCGCCAUAUUCCCCAAAUAUGGAGAACAGUGCGUGGAUCCUCAAUUGUUAAAUACUGCUAAAGUAACAGGCAUAGAAACGACGUUUUGCCAGCGAAACAGUAAACUUGUGAAGUGUAAAAAGUGAAGCUCAAAUCUGUAAAAAAAAUUUAAAAUUUAUUGUUUAGCUGCUGUGCAAAGCGUCUGCCGUGGUGAGCGCUAACGCCAUCUUUCAACUACACAUGCAAUAAGCUCCUACGAUUGAAAGUGAAAAAUUCUUAAUUUUAAUGCUACAUGAAAAGCGGAAGCAGUAACUCUUUCUAGAAAAGUGAACUCCACAGAUAAAGCUCAAAAAUGGUGAUAAGCAAUCCAGAUGCUGUGGCCGCCACCACUAACAAUGCUGGUGGCGAUGCGGUUAGCAUGGCGCAUCCAUCGGGUAUUCCACGGGAUAGAAUAGAUAAUAUAAUGAGCGGGAUAGCGAAUACGGGUGAUGUGAAAAUGAAUAACCAUCGAAAGAAGUUGCGUCAAAGAUUCGAUAUUAUUAAAAAGUUAGGUCAGGGCACAUACGGUAAAGUGCAAUUAGGUAUAAAUAAGGAAACCGGCCAGGAGGUGGCUAUAAAAACCAUAAAAAAGUGCAAAAUAGAAGCUGAGGCGGACUUGGUGCGCAUACGGCGUGAGGUGCAAAUUAUGAGCUCGGUGCAGCAUCCCAAUAUUAUACACAUUUAUGAAGUUUUCGAGAAUCGUGAAAAGAUGGUGCUAGUCAUGGAAUUUGCCGCAGGCGGUGAACUGUAUGAUUACCUCUCGGAACGUAAGGUGCUUAGCGAAGAGGAGGCGCGUCGCAUAUUCCGGCAAGUCGCCACUGCUGUCUACUAUUGUCACAAGCACAAAAUUUGUCAUCGUGAUUUGAAAUUGGAGAAUAUACUACUCGAUGAGCAUGGCAAUGCGAAGAUCGCCGAUUUUGGACUGUCGAAUGUUUUUGACGAACAAAAUCUACUCGCCACAUUUUGCGGUUCACCGCUUUACGCUUCCCCCGAAAUUGUUGAAGGUACUCCCUACCAAGGUCCAGAAGUCGACUGCUGGUCCCUUGGCGUACUCCUCUACACUCUAGUCUAUGGGUCAAUGCCAUUUGAUGGCUCCAAUUUUAAAAGACUUGUUAAGCAAAUCAGUCAAGGUGACUACUAUGAGCCAAAGAAACCAUCGCGUGCCUCAUCGCUCAUACGUGACAUGUUGACGGUGAGUCCACGAAAACGUGCCACCAUCGAACAGAUUUGCGCUCAUUGGUGGGUUAAUGAAAAUGAUAAUGUCUCAUGUUUGGAUUUGGCUGAGGAGCUGGCAACACAAACACCAGUACGUUUGGAUGUUUUGUUGUCAUUAACACCGGCCGCCGUGACGGCCGAUCAAUUGGUUGUGCCAUCCGCCGAUGCAGGCAAAGGAGAACGUGUGCCAAGAAGCCAUUCGGUGGGAUCGAUACGUGAUAUGGGCGGCAAUACGGAAGCAGAACGAAGAAUAUUGGACAUGGUUGCUGCUGGCGGUGAAGCAGCGCUCAUGCCAUCACCUACGCGCACAAUCACACCAACACACAGCCCAGUGCAGAGUAAACGUAAACUCGAGACCACCGUCUCUACGGAGAAUGCGCAUGGUGCUGCGCUGAAGAAGAAGGACAAACUGGGCAGCAGUGCAAUGAUACUCGAAGAGACAACAGUGCCAUUGACAGAGGAAACACCCAUGGAGACGGAGGAGGAAGAUGAGGCAGCACAGAACGCAUUUGUUGAAGAGCCCAUUACCCCAGCAUCGCUCAAAACUAUGCCAUCGGCCAGCUUCUCGCAAAGGGAUAUGGAAAUGGUUGGCGAUCUCUGCGAGCAACUGAUCCAAGAGGAAUCCACACCCACUACACCUGCAGCAGCACAGUUAAAUGAACCCAGCACUCCGGUAACACCGACACAUGUUGGCGUACCGCGUCAAAAGACCAUUGGUAAGCUGGAAUCGCUGGAAGAGACACCAGAAGAAAAAGAUGCUACAAAAGUUAUUAAGAAAUUCGUCAAUAAGCACAAAACGGCUGAUCUAGUAAAUGCCAUCGGUCAAAUUGCACCCUCAACUGAGAAAGCUGGCGAGCAAGCCGCAGUUGCGCCAACAAAAACCAGUAAUGCCAAAACCGCAAUCGCCAAACCAACAACUACUACAUCGAACAAUGCCACACCCACGCCAUUCGUGCGCAAAUGCAGUCUUCAGGACGAGGGUUCGUUGAGUAAAUUCAACGCUGACCGUCGCAAAUCGCGUGUACUCGAAACCACCGAGAAGUUGCAGCAAAUGAACACCGGCGGCGGGGGCGGUGAAAAGACGAAGAAGUUCAGCAUACCUGGUGUGAGUGUCGGCAGCUAUAAGAAAGAAUUCGAGCGUAAAGCAACCAAUCCGUCAGCGCCACAAGGCCCCACGCCAGGCGAAUUGCGUGCACUGGAGGAAGUUGCCGCCGCAGCGGCUGCAGCGCAAGAAUUGGAAACUGACGAUCAGACACUACAGACUACGCCCGCCAAUGCACCGCCACCACCAUCGGAAACGGCAUCAAUCGAGGCGAGCGAUUCAAAGAACUCUGUCGCUUCGUUGUCACUUGACGAUGCGCGUCGCUCCAUGGAAAACUCCAUAGCGUUGUUGCGGCAAGCGCAAAGCGAAUCAUCGAAAGAGGUCGAUCAACUAUGUGCGCAAACUGAGAAUAUUGAAGUGAGCGAAACUGGUAAUCCAAUGGUGGCGGCCGAGCGUGAAAGGAAGCUGAAAAAUGCGCGCGCCAUAAUCGGAAAUGCCAUACAGCCAGUUAUACGCCGGCCACCAUCACAACCAUCUUUUGGCAUCGGCGGCGGGGGCUACGGUCAAAUGCGUGCAGCCAGUGGCAGUUUUAUUGGUUUUGGCAGCAGUGGCAGCGGCAGCUGCAUGAGCGGCGGCAUGGGUGGCGGCGGUGCCGUUGGCGUUGGCGUUGGCGGCGGCGGCAUUGGUUCCAUUGGCGUCAACGCCAAAAUUGGCGGUAGCAUCGGUGGCGGCAACUUUGGCAGCAAUGCACUACCGCCUCAAAUGUUGGCCUACAAUAUGAGCAAUUUACCUCAGACACCGCCGCCUCUGUUGACACCAAAUGCAAUUGCAAAAGCAAAAGCAAAGCCGAAUGCGAAUGCGAAUGGGAAUGUGAAUGCAAACGCUGCCCUCGCCGCUGCAAGGCAACACAUUAUGGGACGUUUGGCAGCUAAUGCUGGUGAUCAACAAAAUGAAUUCCAAUACAAAUCUACGCCAAGUGGCUACUUCAUACAGUCACCACCACCCUCCUCCUGCAAUUCCUCUCCAUUGUAUAACCAGUAUAAUCAAAACAACAGCAACAACAACAACAACAAUGCUGUAAGCUUUCAAUACCAAUACAAUCAAAAUCCACAACAACCUCAACCUCAUCAACAGCAGCAACAGCAACAACAAAAACCACAACCACAACAACAAAAACAACAAUCACAUCAAUACCAACACACUAAUUUAUCGCCACAAGCAACUCAAAAUCAACUUUUGCAAUUCCAACAAAGACUACAACAAUUACAACAACAAAGACAGAGACACCAUCAAUCGCUAAUAGAGCAGCAAGAAGAUAUAGAACUAGAACAACAACAACAACAACACCAAUACCAAAAACAAGCACUAUCACAACAACCAUUGCAUCAAUACCAAUCCAAACCAGCUCACAGCAUGUCAAUGCCACACACACUUGCCGCAUCUGCCACUGCCACUGCUGCCAACGUCAAAAAUACCGCCAUCUCCUCUACCGCCGCCACCGCGAAUAGUGUGCCAAAACCGUUUUAUAAUGCACCACCUCCUUCGAUAUUCUACAAAUCAUCACCAGGUGGCGAACCGAAUAAUACCGUUAAGACUUCCACGGCUACCAUAACACUAAAAUCAGCCACAUUGCCGCGCCGCAAGCCAACCGCCAAAACGGAAAUUCAAUUAGAAAUAAAACCACGUAUUGUCGAACAACCGAAUAUGCGUUUCACCACGGAAAUGCAACAUCCUGUCGCUGAUUUGCGUAGUGCGCCUGCACGUGAAGGCCCAGCUCCUUAUAGUCCCAUCAAGACGAUGUUGAAUGCACGCGCCACCAGCCUAGAGCCAAAGGAGCAUAUCAUACAAAUACAAAGGCCGCAGGCGCCAUAUACGCGCACCACCUCAAAUACAACAACAAGAUCUGGUUCGCUGUCGCGACAAUCUACCAAUGACUCUGAAUCUGAUACAACAACAACUGCAAAUAUGUCACAAUCCACCGUAACCGGCUCAUCGCAGCCGAUUAAAAAGAGUCCACGCGAAUUCAUUAUACCAAUUGCGAUGGAGGGCGGUGGGUUUAUAACACCGCGUGAGGGUAGCAUUGAACCGUCGGAGUCUAGUCAUACCGCAUCGAGUAGAUCGGCAUUCAAUCGGCUGCGGCCAACUCGUCGCAUUGGCAGCUCACUAUUAAACGAUUCUGGCAUCGAUGAUAAUUCGCCAUUCCAGAAGUUCCGGACGUCGUCCGGCAAUAGGGAAGGCGAUGAAGAGCCACGUUUCACGCUGCACAGGUUAAGAAGCUCAAGACCUGUGAAGAAACUGAGCCAGGAGAACGAUUCACAAAGUUCCGGCGAAGAAGAUGAUGACGACGGCUUUGAAAUAUUAACCGCUGAAAAUCUUUUCUCUACUUUAUUACAACGAGUGCACGCGCUAACACAUCGCAUGAAUGUUGACAAGGACUUAACCGCAGGAUUUCCGAAUUCAAGUCGUCUUCUCAGCAAUAUGCGACAUGGUCCUUUCUGGAAUCAAGAACCCUUUGGCAGAUCUCAAGUGAGUUAUACUUACAGUGAAACAGUCGAGAAGAAACAAGUCCGCCUCAACAGCGCUUCCGGCAACAAUGUAGGUGCCCCAUGGCGUCGUAGUAUGUCACGUGAUUUGAGCAACGACAUGGACUCGAUAUUUUCACGCACUGGCGCCACACUGCCAAGAGGCACGAAGACUUCCACCAAAAUCGGCCGUCCUGCCACUAUUGCCGAGCCUAGUAGCGCAGUUGAUGGAUCUGUGCCGCCAGCUAUAACCACCGACGAACCGCUCGAUUUGGCCGAUUUAGAUCUGUCGCGUCUACGUUUGAGCAAGAAAGAUUUGGAAACCUUGUCCAGCAUCACACCCGGCCUGCCGAAAUGCUUCCAAGAGCAGCUUCUCGCAAAACUGCCACCAACACAGGCGCGCAAAUUGUCGCGCACAUUGAGUAUGCAAAGUAAUACACAAACUGCACCCGUAAAAAUAUACAAGCGCAGUCAAAGUGGCGGUCGUGGGGUUUUGCACACUGCGGUUGGGCAGGAUUUGAAAGAAAAUUUUCCCGAGGAAACAGCCAGCAGCAGUACCGCGAGCAAACGCAGUACCGAUAGCAGUGAACGUCGACACUAUGAUCCUGUUUACCGACGCAGUCUCAGUCGUUCGCGUUACGACUAUGAAUCGAGUAUUCCCUCACCGGGUGAUGCAAUGCCGAAGAGUCGCAGCAGUAGUGUUUGUCGUGACGACCACAGCAAAUCGAUGUGCUCCACUUAUACGACAGAUAUCAAUGAUCGCUACAAAUACUAUUCGCCGUAUCUGAGUAAACCAGUGAAGGAUUCAUCCACCGAAAGUGGCUCAGUGUCGCCGCAGAAACUUUACAGUGGCGGUAUUGGCGCACAGCGCGAUGCGAUCGGUUCUGCGCAUGGGCGUCCACCAAGUGGUUGUUUAUCGCCGCCUAUUAUAACGGCAGAUGGCGGUAGCAGUUCCUUGCGUAGACGCUCUUCGCAGAAACGUAUCUCACGCUUUUUACGGCCCGACUUCUUCGAUGAACCACUAGAUGAGAAUCCCUUUCUACGUGAGAAGAAACAGCGCGAGCGUGAAGCGCAAAAUGUGCUGCGUGAGAUAAGAGAGAAAUCUCGUGAACCGAGCCGAGAACGUUCUAGUUAUAGUGGGUUCGAUACGGAGGAUGCCAUGGCACGCAAGCAUAGCUUACCUAGCUCAGAUGGCUCGAGUAUACCACAAAAUACGGAGCUUAAACAUGUGCGCAAUAAGAGUAUGGAGAUGUAUUCAGAAUAUCAACCGGGUAGCAGUUCAUCGCAAGAGACUAUAAGACACAAUCGUCGUAGUAUUUCGCGGCCGCGUGAGAUAACUGAAGAGCUACGUAAGAAUGAUCUGGCCGAUAAGAUUUUGGAGGAGUUACAGUUACUUUCGGCUGCACGCACACAGCAAGAACAGCAGCAACGACCCGUAGUGCCGAGAGAAAUUUCUGUUGAGCGGUCUUCGGAAACAUCCACGAAGUCCAUUGUUGUAGGGCCGAACAGUCAUGCAGAAAUUGAGGAGCAGGGUACAACGUCUACAAUUAAAAAGAUUAAGAAGAUAAAACCCAAAGAAAAAUCUACUACCACAGAGUCUAGUACAGAUGCUGAUGCUACGAUUACCACAUCUGUGGUGAAAAAAGUGAAAAAGAUUGUGAAAAAGACUGAAACCACAAAGACUAUACUUAACGAUACACCCGGUGCCAGUCUGGUCACACCAGAAGAUAAUCCACUUACGCCCUUAGAAAUAGAGCAGACCAAGAAAGAGUCUAAACUGAAGCGACCUAAAUCCUAUCCUACCAAAGAGCCGCCAAUCGCCAUGAAGCCAGAAGUAGGUGCCAUGACACCAAAGUUGUCUACCAAACCAACUACAAUUCCAGAAAUGUCUACCGAUAUGCCACAUACCAGUAUGGAAGCAGCCAACGUCCAGUCCAUAGGAUUGAGCGCGCGUGAGAGCCGACUUGUGCGGCCCAAGAGCUAUCCAACAUCAAAGCUCACACCACCAAAGGAGUCGAAGAAAGUUACGCGCAGCGGGGCGGCGAUUCCAACCAUAGCCGAAGCCAAAGUACGCGACACAACGCCACCACUCGCGAUUGAGGAGAAGUUCGAGCAUUCGAUGCCAAUCUCUAAAGCGCAUGUGGAAAGUUCGUCUUCGAGCGACACUAAGCCUACUACCAUUAAGAAAAUUAUUAAAGUCUCCAAGAAGUCUAAGCUAGCACAACCACUGCCAGUUACACCCACAACACCGACGUCUGCAAUGACAUCAACAACGACAACGCCAGCUGAAAAUUCAAAAGAGUCCAGCCCCGCAAUAAAAGAGAAAUCACCUGAGAAGAAGCAAAGUAAAGGUUUGCUUUACGCUAUUGGACAGAAAUUCGAAAAACUACGAGAUUCCGCUAUGAGUAAAGAGAAGAAAAGCAUCACGUCUAGUCCCGCAUCCUCAGCAAAUGGCAGUGUAACAAAGAAACGAUCUCCAGAAAAUGCCUCGCCAGAGAAGAUCAAGGAAAAAUCCACGCUGCUUAAGAAGAAGAAAUCGUUGGAUGGCACAAACACAAAGACUGAUAAAUAUGCGGCGCAGGGCAAUGCGAUUGAAAAUAAUGCAUCACACAACCCGCUAUCUGUCGAUGGAGGAGAAGUAAAGGAGAAACCAGCUAAACCGGAUAAACGUUCAAGAAUUGAUUCCAUGAUACGUUCAUUGCGUGAGCGUUCAGUGCCACGUUCACGUCCUGCUACUGAAAAUAAUUACAUCAAGCGAGCCGUUAGCGUGGAAGAAAUGCCAGGCACCUUUAAUAAAACUGCCGUUAAUAGGGUGCUAGGGCUCUUUAAACGCGUUGAUAAGGACGUGGGCGGCGCAGAACGCCGUGUGCAAAGCACGCGCUCCACAAGUAACAUUGAGCGCCAGAUUCGCGAAGCGUCCCCCUCGCCAAUCUAUCAAAAUACAGCCGAAUGCCAACGUUCUGGUAGCAUUUCAGCAGCGCUCGCUGGCAAUUUGGUAGCCAAUAGUGGCGGUGUGCGGAAGUCAGACAUCACUGCCAAAUGUAGCUGCGAUAUUGCGCCCACGCAUAGAGUCAACACUGACGAAAAACAAUGUGUCGAUUGCUUACAAGAUGCGGCAGCAAGUCUGAAGUCUAAAAACCGCGACGAAAAAAUCAUUUUGCUGCCUAGUAAAGAAGUAGCACAGGGCAAUAAGGACAAACGCAAGGGUCUGAUGUUGGAUCUCAGCAAGCUGGAUAAAACUGAUAAUAACGCCACAACAAAUCGCAACAACUUGAAGGCGGCCUACAUAAACGGCAAUGGCAUUUACUCGAAUCUCCCGCCAUAUCCGGGUGCGGUUAAUAGUUCUUCGAACAACAGCUCCAGCCAGCAAUCAAUGGAUAAUGCCACUAAUAACAAUAACUCCUAUAUGACCAAUAAUAAUUCGUCUAUGCAAACCUCGCAAACAUCGGGUUAUCGCACAUCGUCUACACACGAGAUUAAUCGAAAUCAUUUACUCACACCUUCGACUGAGAACAUUGCCAAUUACUCUUCCGAUUCGCGCAGUUACCAAGAUGACUGCGCCUCAACGUCAACGUUCCUAUCACCUACUGAAGAACCUGAACUGUACUUCGAUAAUUGGUCGGUUUGCUCGGAGGAUAACUACAUGUUGCAUGCCUCACCUUCGCCAACAGUCUCACGUCUUUCACGCGCAUCACAGCUCUCCUCGCCCACGCGUGGUGAGAGUUCAGAUCCGAAUGAAAGCGUUAUUGAUCGCAUCAAGCGUCGUAGCUUCUAUUGUCGCUUUAACGACAAGAAACCUAAGCGCACGAGCAGUAUUGUGGGGCCCAGUGCAGUGCGCGACUAUUAUCGUGAACAACAAGCAGCGGUUAAGGCGCGUUCCAGCAAUAAACUGCAUCCCAAUGAACGCACCAAGUCACCGGACAUCACACAAGAAUUCUUCCGACCCUUGAAACUAAGUCCCGUCGGCACUGAAUUGAAGCCACCCAUCUACAAGGCGCCACUUGAUUAUGCCACCAAUAUUACCAAACCACGUAAGAGUCUCAACGAUAUACGGCCCAUCACGUCACCGUCGUUGAUGAGCAAACGUUACGGUUCUACGGCGGACACGGAUUAUAUGACGCUUAACAGCGGUGUGCCAAUACGCUACAAAUCCUCAGCCAGCUCAAGUCCUUACGAAAGCAAAACCACUUCAGCCACAAGUGGCAUGGGUUUGGGCACAGGUGCAGGUGUGAGCGCUGCUACAGGUGGCGCAGGUGGCAGUUACUACAACACCUAUAGCCCGAAAAGACGUUCCUCAUAUACAUUCAAUGGCACACUGCCAAGUGGUGCCACACUCACCAAUUCCACUUUGGAUGGUUAUGCGACGGUGGGGCGCAGACCCAUACGCGCCUACGAUCAUCGUACUAUAUCAUUGCUAGAUCCGACCACCUCUUCGCCGUCGACAGCUGGCGCUAGCAGUUAUAGGCGUGAAGCGCGCACACCAGUGAGGGAUUACACAUCGGGCAUUUCGAGGUCGAAUUCUCGCUAUCGUACAUCGUCGGCAUCGCGCAGCCCCACAAACAUUUGAUGUACAACACCGCAGAAUGGUUUCUGUAUCUUCUGCUAUUACUCGAAACGGAAUCGCAGCAGCAGUACGCAUACCGCCUCGUCAUCGGCGUCCUCAAGAGCCAGUGGUGACAAGAAAUUGCAGGAAUGCACAACACGAAUUAGGAAUAAGUUUUAAUUGUACUACGACAAAUAGCUAUUUAUUUAAGAGAAGAAAAAAAAAAACAUUUAGUUGUCGCACACCUCUGAAACCGUAUGAUUCCCACCGUUGAGCUAAGCAUAAAGGCACGCACAAAAAUAGAAGAGGCGCAAAAGCAAAAAACAGAAAAAGUCGAAGAGUGCAGGCGGCUCUAGUGUCAUAGCUGACUUAUGAAAAAGAAUAGAAAAACAGUUGUGACGUCAUCACUGCGGUGCUGAGUGAAUAGUUGAAGCAUGAAGGCAGUCACUUAACCGGUAAACGGAAGAAAACAACAAAGUGAGGUUAUAGUCACUAGAAAGUGAUUCCUCAAAAGGGUCCUGUUUUGUUGUGCGUUAAUAACUUCCCGACCAUACCGCCCUGUUAAGAUUCUCCUUCUUCUUGAUUGGCGCGAUAACCGCUUACGCGAUUUAGGCCGAGUUUAACAAAGCGCGCCAGUCGCUUCUUUCUUGUGCCAACCGGCGCCGCUGUCAUUCUAUGAGCAUAUGAAUUCGAGUCGAUCCGUUAGCAUAGCACAGUUCGAGUGUCUUGAGGAGAAUGGGACAAUUUUACUUAGUGAUAAGCCCCAACUAUUACGCUAGAUUGGAGAAAGCGGAGCUUAGAAAAUUGUCUUGGUUGACAUCCAAUUGAUUUAUCGACUGAAUCGACUCAAAUUGGCCUCGUGCGAAGUGGUAGUUUUAGACUCAGGAGCAAGAGAAACGCCUGACGAGGCUGUAUCAGACAAUUACGUUGCUAAGUCGGACAGGUAUUUUGCUGUACACUGUCUCAUAACGUUUAAACAGCUUAAAUUACCAAUUUCCCACAAUGAAAGGUAUUCCGAGAGCACUACACUCUCCAAGCGCUAUUCCGUAAAGUGGAUACUAUCUUAACCUCUGAAUGGGGUUGAAGUCGCUCCGGGUGUGUAGUAUUGGGUCCCAUCCAAGUCUUCAAGCUUUUAUGGAAACUGCCCUAUCUACGCAAUCGCAUCCAAAUAGGCAAAGGCGCUGAUGACUUGCAAAUGUUUGGCGCAGAAAAGUGUUGCAACAGGCACAGUGUACUUGUAUAGUGUGACACCUCAAGCAACCUGUAGAGAGGUGGCUGGGGUACUGGGUAGAACUACUCUAUUGGCCAUGCGGCACACACUAACCACGCUUCAGUGACUUGUUCGGACACGGCUCACGCCUGUGAUAGAGGGAAUUUGCAGCUACGUAUAAUUUUAGAACAUUCAGCCAAAUGAACCCCUCUGAAUUUAGUUAGGGAAAGUUUGAAAUAUGAGAGGUGAUAUCCUCACGCAACAUUGAGGAAAUAAGCAGGCAGCUGCCGUUAGCUCGACUCUCCAGAGAUGGUAUCAGAAAGACUGCCCAGUUUGAGCAAGCAUUCAGGCCCGAGCUCACAAGCAAGUCAAACGGGAGUACCUCCACUCUUUAAAGGCAUCUACGCGGGAUAAAGUCGGUAAAAAAUAUAAAAUUACUCGCAAAGCGUGGUCUUGUAAAUGAUAAUCAGGCUGCAAGACACCAUACAUUGCUGUAACGAUGGCUCUAAGACGGUAGACUAUCCUAAGCGACAGUCAGGCUGCAGUCAAUACUCUAUCACAUUUUGAGUUGAAACUGUCACUUGUGUGCAUUGAAACACUACACUUACUGGCAGUAGGAAAUAACAUUUAGCAAGAGGAAGAGGAAAGAAAGAGGCUGAUAGAUUGGCUACAGAAAACGUGGUGACUACAACCCUUGCCCUGGUGGUGAAGAUAACGCGUGACUAAAUAACAGCUUGGGGAUGAGACGAAAAGGCAUUUACUGGUCUACAGUAAGGGUUAACCCCAGGCGUAGCGAAGUGCUUGCUGGGGGUGAGUGCGACCUUAAAAGAUUUAAACUCUUUGCUAAUCUAUCAAGUGGUAAAUUGAAAGUUGAGGAAUGCAGCUAAUUCUUGUAAGAAAUGCUUAUUAUUAACAUUUCUUCUGCGAAUUUUCUAUAGACCACUCAAUAGCGCAACUGUCCCUCAGAGAGAGCAGUGCUCAUACCCAACUGCGGGCAUAAAAACCUAUUAUGGAACUUUGUAAUCAGGCAGCUUUUGUUUUUUUGGGGGAGACUUCCUUACCGGAAGUACUUUACGCAUUACUUUGUGAUGGCCCAGAACGGCGAUCAUUACUAUUCACGCACAUCUGGGUCCACCAUAUUUGUAGCCAGCUUCAUGCUAUAGGUUCGUCUUCUAAUGUCUCUGUGCCGUCAUACCAGUGGUAGGUGGGACAUGCUCUCAGGUUCCUCUCACAUGUGCGUAUGGAGGUUAUACGCUAUGGGUAGUUUCUUUAGCGUCUGCAGCAAAACAGAAACAUCGGACCGUUUGACUCGAACGUCUGUGAUUUGGCGUCAGCUCGUAGACAGUCCACCUCCUGUUGAGGACAGCUUUAUGUGCACUGCAGUCUCUCAUCUUUCGAACUUGUUGAGGUAUGCUGCAUUGUCCUCGAUAGCCUGAGAGCAUAGAACACCGUUUUGUUGGGCUGGGCACCAGGACAUGAAAGUUAUAACGGCCACGCACAGGCUUACUGCCUAGCGAAAUUAGACGUCAUCUGAAAAUUCAAUAGAUCAGAACCAUUUUGCGGGCUCACCAAAGCCCACAUAAAGGAAUUUAUUAAAGAAUGGGAAGACAGGGAACUCACGCAAACCUUGGAUGGAGAGUCUAAGACAAAGGCAGGCUGAAGAGUUUAUCCUUCCCUCCAGAAGAGCAUCAAAUAGAUUUUUAAGCUUGGAUAGAGUGAGCUUACAAACUUUCACCGAAUAUUGCACGGGACAUUGUCGUCUGCGUUAUCAUUUCAGGAAACUAGAAUCAGUUGAAACAAAUAUCUGCCGUUUUUUGUGAACUGAUUGAUGGAAAUUUAAGAAAUUUCGCAAGACGAAGGUUCGCACAAGUGGCUGGCGCGACUCUAAAUCUCUUAAAAAAUAAAUAAAUAAUUGGCGCGUACACUGCUGUUAGGUAUUUGGCCAAGCUCCUCCUCCUAUUUGUGGUGUGCGUCUUGAUGUUGUUCCACACAAAUGGCGAGACCUACAGUUUUAAGCCGACUCCGAACGGCAGGUAGUAUUUUAUGAGGAACUUUUUCAUUGCACUAAACACGCGGAGGUUUGCCAUUGCCUGCUGAGGGGUGAUCGGUAUUAGGAAAAAUUGUUCUAGCAUUUGAUGUUUCAAGCACGUCGACUCGAACCUACCCAACCUCGCAUGAUAGUGACUCACCAACCCAUGCGGAUACGGGGCCCGCGUUCAAUUUUUUUAUAUCCUUGUUAACUCCGCUCAGGAGCAUAGGGCCUCGACAAGACUCGUCCAUCGUACACGGUUCUAGGCUAUUGUGUUUGCGCAGUCCCAUGAGAUGUCAGCAUCUACUAGUUCGCGCAACAUCGACCUUCACCAAGUGAUCCUUGGCCGAACGCGACCUCCGCUCCCUUGCGAUUUCUAGUCCAACGCCAUUCUCAUGAUGCUAUCUGGGGCUUUUCUAAGCGUGUGACCUAUCCAUCGCCACUCUCUGCGUUUGAUUUGCCUUAGGAUGGGCUCCUCAUUCGUUGAUCUUCACAGCGCGUCGUUACUGAUGGCCGCGUUCCAUUAAAAUUAUGAAAAGAAAAAUCUGAGUAGGUACUAAAAGUCAGCUGAUGCCUCCAAUUUUGGGCUUGCUAUCAAGCUACAUUAGCCACGUUAGAGGUCACAGUGCAUUAUGGUCCAAUUAUAAUAAUAGUAGAAGUGGUGGCGUGCUGUGGGGACAUAAACUAUCCUUUAAAAAUAAUAGUACCUCAGAAGUUUUUCUUCGCCGAAAAUUUCAAAACCACAAAAUAUGAUUUUUAAAUGCAAUAAUAUGGGCUUAUUAAGUUCGCGAGUUCCAUUGGAGGGUAUGUUAGUAGGAAGUAUGUUUCACUUGGACUUUCGGGAGAAUUAACAAAAAAUAAAAAAUGAGAAAACUCCAAGCGGUAGUACAAAUUUACGAAAUUAUGUAACAUUGCAGAAAAAAGGGGAGCUCUGUGGUUUCAUUUAACUAAGCUUUCGGCGUCACGGCUUUCACAAUUAUCUUGUGCUUCUCGUUUUCGGUGUGAAUCAUUUAAUAAAGGAGUUGGAGGUGGUAACGAAAGCGAUUAUAUUUUUUUUAUUUCUAUCAAUUUUUCAAUAGCCUAAUAAUGUAUUAUUUCGAUAUGAAGUGUAGGAUAUUAAUAGUGACUGAAUUGAAUGAACAAUAAUACAUUUUGAUUUACGAAGAUAUUACAAAACAUACACCAAA